UAGCAACGAUGUUUUUUAUUCAUUUUUAUGUGACACACUUGAUAUUUCUUUGUGCAGGCUACUCGCUACUCAACGUUUUUUCGCGCCUACAGUCCCUCACCACGUUUUUUCACUGCAAAUUUUAGACUAACUAACUAUUACUUUGCGAGAUCUUGCUGUCUGGUGUACUCUAGUGUGCAGGUGAUAUCCUGCAUCUGCAUCUGCUGUCUCUCUCUGUAUCAUCUUCGCAGUUCACAGAUCUUGCUGUUUGGUUGGCCUUUGACUCAGCUUUCCAUAAGUUCGAGCCCGAGAAUUUGCUGUCUAUGUAAUGGCUAGCUGUCUAACUAACUAACUAACUAAGAAUUUUUGCCGCCCCAUUCUCCUAGGAAUGAGGAAGUUGAAUAUGUUACAGGUGUUCGAACCUCUACUCCUAUUUCUGGCAGUAGUACAAGUAACAGAUCAAGAUCCUCAAGUUUACUUGAUGAUGAAGUUGAAGGAAUUGACGAAGCCGAAAAUUCUAACGAUGAGUCAGAAGUGUCCGGAAGAUCAUCAUCCCAAUCAAAAAGCAGAGGGCCUAAGAAACGGAGUCCGAUUUGGAAUUAUUUUAGCUGGAAAGGCCAGGGAAAAAAUCUCAUAGUAAUUUGUCUUCUUAAAAAGUCAGAUGGAAAAGAUUGCCCGUACUCUAACAAAGGGAGGAAUACGACCAAUAUGAAACUACAUCUUGGAAAAUAUCAUAAAGAAGAAAUGAAGGAGUUCCUGUCUGAUGAAAAGAAUAUAGCUGAGAAUAAGAAGAAACAAAAUCCAAAUUCCGAAUCAGGAUCUGCAAUUGCUGACUUUUUCAAACCUAAUCAGACAACUGAUGUCAAGUCUCAACAGCACCACAUAAGGAAUCCAUACCCUGAAAAGUCUCAAAUUUAUAAGACCUUCAAAAGUGAUCUUACACGACUAGCUGGCUGCACGUCAUUCCCAUUAAACAUGAUGGAAAGUAUUCAGUUCCAGACUAUGCUAUUCAACUUGAACAGCCGAAUAGCUGACAUCCUUCCCAGCCGGAGCACACUGAAGAAGUGGGUCGUUGAAUAUUCCAUGAAAGUAAAGAGAAAUGUCGUGUCAACUUUAAAACUACUAAAGAACUACUUUGUGACUAUGGACAUAUGGAGCCAACCAGGUCUGGAUAAGUUUUAUCUUGGGGUUGUUGCUGUUUACUUUAAUCCAAAGUCGUCCGCCAUCGAAGUAGCCGCAUUGGCAUGUCACGAUUUCCCCCAUCCUCAUACAGGAAUUCGGAUUCGGAAUCUGUUUGAAGAAAUUUGUCGGGAAUAUGAUUUGGAUAUGAAGAAAGUGAUACGAUUUGUAACCGAUAAAGGAGCUAAUAUCGUAAGUGCGUUACAAACAUACAGAGUGGUUCAGUGCGUGAAAAAAAAACCCGUCACUCGACCGAUCAUUAGAAGAUUGCGACGGUCCCCAUUCCGAUGAGCAUAACGAUGAAUACAUUGAAAUAAAAUUGGACAUCGAAAUAGAGGA